AUGAAGAGAAAUAGCCUGUUCUCCUCCUGCAUAUGUCUCCUGUGGCUGUUGACAGCAGUGGUGCUUCAAGCUGUGGAUUCAGCUAAAGGAAAAUAUGCACACAUGCUGUUUAAUGAACUGUUUGAAGACUAUUCAAAUGCUUUAAGACCAGUGGAAGACACAGAUAAAGUAUUGAAUGUCACCCUUCAGAUCACAUUGUCCCAGAUUAAAGACAUGGAUGAAAGAAACCAAAUUUUGACAGCUUACUUAUGGAUUAGACAAAGCUGGUAUGAUGCAUACCUCAAAUGGGACAAGGAUAAAUAUGAUGGGUUGGAUUCUAUCAGGAUUCCAAGCAAUUUGGUUUGGAGACCAGAUAUUGUCUUAUAUAACAAGGCUGAUGAUGACUUUUCAGAACCAGUGAAUACUAAUGUUGUGUUGAGAUAUGAUGGAAAAAUCACUUGGGAUGCACCAGCUAUCACAAAGAGCUCUUGUGUAGUGGAUGUAUCCUAUUUUCCUUUUGACAGCCAGCAGUGCAACCUUACAUUUGGGUCCUGGACCUACAAUGGUAAUCAGGUAGACAUCAUCAAUUCUCUUGAUAGUGGUGACCUCUCUGACUUUAUAGAAGAUGUGGAGUGGGAGAUCCAUGGUAUGCCAGCAAUUAAGAAUGUAGUAACUUAUGGCUGCUGCUCUGAGCCUUAUCCAGAUGUGACAUUCACAUUGAUUUUGAAGAGGAAGUCUUCUUUCUAUAUAUUUAAUCUGUUACUGCCUUGCAUUCUGAUAUCCUUCCUGGCUCCACUGGGAUUUUAUCUCCCUGCAGACUCUGGAGAAAAAGUGUCUCUGGGUGUUACAGUUCUUCUUGCUCUGACUGUGUUCCAGCUGAUGGUUGCAGAGAUCAUGCCUCCUUCUGAAAAUGUGCCUUUGAUAGGCAAGUAUUACAUAGCAACUAUGACGAUGAUCACAGCUUCCACUGCACUGACAAUCAUUAUAAUGAAUGUUCACCACUGUGGCUCAGAAGCAAAGCCUGUCCCACAGUGGGCCAGAGUGAUCAUUUUGGACUACAUGUCAAAAAUCUUUUUUGUUUAUGAUGUGGGUGAAAAUUGCACAAGUCCACAAAGAAAGAAAGAACAUAAGUUAGAAAUGGAUGACAGAUGUCAGAGAAGGCACAAAGAGAAAAGGAGUCACCUUUCCAGUAGAAAUGAUGACUGUGAUCUCAAGGAGAAGCUGAAUGGAAAUUUAAAUAAAAGCUGUGGAAUUCAUGGUGAAAAUGUUAGGGAGGCAGGUUACUGCUCUUGUUACAAAAUACUGAUAAAAAAUAUCGAGUAUAUUGCUAAUUGUGUUCGAGACCAUAAAGCAAACCGAGCCAAAGGAAUGGAGUGGAAAAAGGUAGCAAAAGUGAUGGACAGAUUCUUCAUGUGGAUUUUCUUUAUCAUGGUGUUUUUUAUGAGCAUGCUGAUCAUUGGGAAAGCAGCUUAA